AUGAGAAUCAACGCGAUCAUCGCCUCUGCCAUCCUGGCUGUCACCGUCUCCGGUGCCGCUCUGCCACUACCUGCUGCCGCCGCUGUCCCUGCCACUAUCGGCCAGCGUGAAGCUAAGGCUGAGGCUGCGUGGAAACCUCCAAAACGUCCUUACGGCCUACCCAUUGGCGGCAAGCGUGAGGCUGCCCCCGAAGCUGAAGCCGAGGCUGGCGUUCCGAAGCGUCCUUACGGCCUGCCUAUUGGUGAUAAGCGUGAAGCUGCUCCUGUGGCUGCGUGGAAACCCCCAAAACGUCCUUACGGCCUGCCUAUUGGUGGUAAGCGUGAGGCUGAUGAGGAAUAA